UUUGGAAAAUUCAAUCGUGAAAUUCCAACUAAAAAACGUAGAGAAGGGUUGGAAAGCGGUGCUGCUUGCUUUCCCCGCUUGUCCUCAGCCAACCAUUCCCUCCCAAAUCAAUAAGCGAGGUUCACUUCACUGCAGCUGACUUCUAGGUACCAGGAACAACUGUGCCCAGAGAAUAUCCAAAUGGGGAAUUUGAUAAGUUUACUGGUGUUAUCGGCGGCUAGUGAAAUAGGCAGCUUAUGGAGACUCCAAGUAUAUAUACAGCGGUCAGUCUCAUGGGAUAGUGGUCUCCCACCUCCAACUUACUGCCUCUCUUUCUUUCCACGCCAUGAAGUUCUCACGAAUCGUGCCCGCCAUCUUGGCUCUGGUUCCACUUUCUCAAGCCUGUCUUUUGCCAGAAGAAUCCGAGUUUGACGGUGCAUCGCCUGUUCGCCGACAAACUACCAAUACAGGUAUCGCUAUUGGGACAGGUGAUCGAUUCCAGAAUGGAACCAUCGCCCCUAGAGGACUCGGAACCCAGCCUGCAGGAACUAGCCUAGGAAGUCUCCUCAGCGUGAAGGAGAUCGAGAGUGCUUUCAGAGGUCUUGCAAAGGUAUACGGUUUGGAAACAUUCGAGACACCCUUCAAGACUUAUGAGAACGCGACCAUCUUUGGAGGCAAGAUUGGAGGAAAAUUCCAAGGGAAAUGUGAUAACUCAUUCCGUGUCUUCCUCAAUGCUGCCAUUCAUGCAAGAGAGCGUGGCUCGUCAGACAAUUUGCUCUACUUCCUGGGAGACCUUAUGUACGCCUACAAGAACAAAGUGGGUCUCGUCUAUGGUGGCCGUACUUUCUCUUUCGAGGAUGUUCGCAAAGCAUACUCGGUGGGCAUCGUGUUUUUACCAUUGAGUAAUCCUGAUGGAGUUGCCUGGGACCAAGCUACAAAUUCAUGCUGGAGGAAGAACCGCAACCCAACAUCGGCCAUUCCCGGAAAUCCAAAUUCAAUCGGAAUUGACCUCAACCGCAACUUCGACUUCCUCUGGGAUUUUCCCAAACUCUUCACAGCAACUGUUGCACCAAACGUUGCAUCAAACAACCCAGCCGCUCAAACAUUCCACGGCGUUGCGCCUGAGUCGGAACCUGAGACAAAGAGCAUUGUCUGGGUCAUGAACAAGUUCUCGGCUCUCCGUUGGUUUCUGGAUAUCCACUCCUACGCUGGGGUUGUUCUUUACAACUGGGGAUCCGACGACAGUCAGUCGAGCAACCCAGGAAUGAACUUCUUGAACGCGACAUACAACGAAGAGAGAGGGUUGAUGCCGGAUCAACCAGCUGACGGUCUUGUUUACUCAGAGUACGUACCCAGCAACGACUGGAGGGACAAAGUCUACGCUGCUAUGAGGAUGGGAAAUGCGAUGGAUGCGUCUACAGGACGACAUUAUGAGGUUGAACAGGCAGCAUACUUGUACCCUACCUCUGGUGCUAGUGACGAUUAUGCGUACUCGCGUCACUUUGCCGACCCGAGUAAGAGCAAGAUCCACGGAUUCACAGUUGAGUUUGGAUUUGGCAACAGAGAGGCAUCAUGUGCAUUCUACCCUACCCCUGAACAAUACCGUCAGAAUAUGUUGGAGACUAGUGCUGGAUUUAUGGAAUUUCUUCUGUCUGCAGAGAUGAUUGGACUUGGAGAUCGUGGAAGUUGUCCUGGGUUUUAAAUGGCAGUGACUGGGAUGAAAUAUGUUGGCUCGCUUAAGCCCUUUAAUCAGUUCAUCGGCCUCGAAAUCACAUUGUUGGUGCUUAAUACGCUGCAUACACCUGGAAUCAUAUUCAUGCUGAAAUCGUAAUGUUGACGGUAGAUUCAUUCAAACACUAGA